AUGCUGCUGCUGCUGCUGGUGGCCAUCCCGCUGCUGGUGCACGGCUCCAAGGCCGGCGCGCACUACGAGAUGCUGGGCAGCUGCCGCAUGGUCUGCGACCCCUACCCGAGCUGCCGCCCCCCCUCCCCGCCGCCCUUCCCUAAGGCCGAGCCGGGCCGCAAGGGCCGCCCGGGGCUCCGCGGGCCACCGGGGCCACCGGGCCCCGCGGGGCCUCCGGGAGAGCCGGGCCGGCCGGGCCCGCCGGGACCGCCGGGGCCGGGCCCGGGCGGGUACAUCCCGUCCUUCUACAGCCCCAAAAUCGCUUUUUACGCCGGCCUGAGGAAGCCGCACGAGGGGUACGAGGUGCUGCGCUUCGACGACGUCGUGACCAACGUGGGCAACUACUACGAGCCCUCGAGCGGCAAAUUCACCUGCCCGCUGCCCGGGAUUUACUUCUUCACCUACCACGUCCUGAUGCGCGGCGGGGACGGCACCAGCAUGUGGGCAGACCUGAUGAAGAACGGGCAGGUGCGCGCCAGCGCCAUCGCGCAGGACGCGGACCAGAACUACGACUACGCGAGCAACAGCGUCAUCCUGCACCUGGACGUGGGCGACGAGGUGUUCGUCAAGCUGGACGGGGGCAAAGUGCACGGCGGCAACACCAACAAGUACAGCACCUUCUCCGGCUUCAUCAUCUACCCCGACUGA